CGACGUCGACAUUGCAAGACCACGUGAUUAUUCCGCGGAGGCUACUCCUUGGCAACCAGGAUUACGGUAUGGUACGGAUCAGCGGCGACAGUGAAUGGAUAAGUUAUUUGGCACCGGCGAACAACGUGAUGAAUAUUUUUGCAAAGAGGCUACGGAAUGGCGUCCACUAUCAACUGACCAAUGAAACGCAUCGAGGCAUCACAAAAUACUCGUGGUCCCAUGACAACAGAACGAUCCUUUACAGUCGGGAUCACAACGGCGACGAGAACUGGAGCCUUCAUGCAGUCAAUGUUGAGACGGGAGAAGAUCGGACGUUGACCGAUACGUCAGGUGUGAAGGCGGACAUCUUGGCAUUGAGCCCGCAAAUACCGGAUUUCAUAAUUAUUGGUCUGAACAAUCGCGACAGUCGUUUCAGUGACGCCUACAGGGUGGACCUGAGGAACGGCGAGAAAACCCUCAUACUUGAAAACGACUUGUACAGCGAUCUGUACUUCGAUAUGCAGCUGGAAUUGAGGCUGGUCGAGAACGAGACGGGCGAAGCGUCCAAUCUGUAUUUUUUAAUGGAACCCGUUGACGGAGUGCUUGUAGCUAAGUUGCACAAAACGCUCAGUCCCGAUGAUGCCCUGUACACAUCCCCGUUGAAGUUCAGCGUGGACGGCAAACGACUGUUCUGGCUGGAUAACAAAGGCAGGGACAUGGCGGCGUUGAUCGAAGAAAAUCUCGAUACCGGCCAACAGCGGAUCUUGCACUCUCCGAGACGAGCAGACACAAGUAAGGUGAUUUCUCAUCCCACUACUGGCGAACCUGUGAUUGUGUUCGAGGAGUAUGCAGUUCCAGACGGAUACGUCGUGAUGUCUAGUGUCAGCGAUGAUUUCCAACGCCUGAGGAACUACUUCCCACAAGGUUCUGUCAUCGACAUUCCUUCAACCUCGCUGGACUUCAGGAAAUGGAUUGUGGCGAUCUCCAGCGAUGCUGAACCGAUCAGUUAUUACCUUUACGACCUCGAUGAUCCGAAUCGCACGUUUUCGCUCCUGUUUCACACAAUGGAGAAAGUGAUGCAAUACGACACUGCUUCGACCAGAGUUAUUGAGUUGUUGGCUAAUAGAGGCUAUGCGACUUUGCAGUGCAAUUAUCGAGGUUCAGCUGGCUAUGGGAAAAAGUACCUUGCUGCAGGAAAUGGCGAAUGGGGUCGUAAAAUGCAGUACGACUUGCUAGAUGCCGUUGAAUGGGCGGUAAAGAAAAAUUUUACCCACCCAUUGAAAGUAGCCAUCCUUGGCGGAAGUUAUGGCGGAUACGCGACCCUAGCCGGGUUAGCGUUCACACCUAACGCUUUCGCAUGUGGAAUUGAUAUUGUCGGUCCAUCGAACCUCAUCACUCUAAUUAACUCACGGAUCAGCAAGCCGUUGCUGAUAGCACAGGGGGCGAAUGACCCUCGAGUAAAAAAGCACGAGUCUGAUCAGAUUGUCGACGUCCUCAAAUCAAAUGAUGUUCCUGUAACGUAUCUGCUGUUCCCAGACGAAGGCCACGGAUUUGUAAGGCCUGAAAAUCGGUUGGCUUUCUACGUCUUCGUUGAGGCGUUUCUGCAGCGAUGCCUCGGCGGUGAGUCGCAACCGGCAGAGUCUGAUUUGGAGGGCUCUAGCGUUGAAGUGAAAGUUCAAAACAUGGCUGGGGACUACAGCCGUCUUUCUUCUCAGCGCACAAAGUCGGGCAAAGUUUCCUGUAAGAGUGUCGGGGAUUUAGUACCCAUGGGUCGGGGCUAUUGUUCGGUCGAACAAAUGACUACAAAACCCGGUUUUGUUUUGCAGAGCGGCCGCGUGGCAAACGCUCGGAAAGCUGGAGCAAAAGAAUGUGGAUCGUUUGUGAUAUUGCUGGCCAUGCGACCAUUUUCAGACGCUGACUGACU